UACUGUCCUAUAUUUAGGACAGUAGAAAUAAAAAAAGAUAACAGAAUACCCUCUUUAUCUAAGACUAUUUAGUCUUAUGAUUUGCAGUAAGAAACGUGUCAGCUUUAUUAGAAAAAAUAAAAAAACAGUUAUUUUAACAGUUUUUACCUUAUAUUUUACCUUAUAAGUGUGUAGUAAAAGUGCGUUGCAGACAUGGCAAAUGACAGACCGUUAGCUGCGCAUGAAAUUUUAGAUGCUUUAGAAAAUGUUUCUGAUAAUGAAGAAGAUUAUAGAGAACGACUGAUAUGUAUUCUACCUCCUCCUGUUGAUCCUGACUGUCUCACUGACGAAGAUUCGGGUGAAGAAGAUAAUGUAACUUCGAAUAAUUUGCCACGAAACAUUCUGCUUCAACCGGCUGAAGUAAUGAUUCAAGGGCAGAUUAUGGUGAGUGAUACAGAAGAAGAACUUUCUGAUUCUACAGGUCGAACUAAACGUAGGCGACCUACGCAUGGAGAAAACGGGACUUGGCAAAAAAUCCCGUGA